AUGAAGUUGAUUCUGUUGAGCCUGAGGUUGCUGUGUUUGGCCUGCUUGUGUCCCGUCACGCUACUUAACCACCGACACCCGAACCGCAGGAAGAACAAGGACGUGUACCUGGGAGAACACGCCAAACACAAACAUGCAGGCCGGAUUGACUACAAGCUAAAAAAGCAGGACAGCACCAAGUCACUCCUGAUCAAAACCGAGCAGCUGCUUAGGAUCGAGGAACACGAUUUUGCCAUGCGACCUGGAUUUGGAGGCUCUGCCAUUCCUGUGGGUAUCGAUGUCCAGGUGGAGAGUUUAGACAGCAUCUCAGAGGUCAACAUGGACUUCACUAUGACGCUGUACCUGAGGCACUACUGGAAAGACGAGCGUCUGGCUUUUCCCUCAGGAAACAACCUGAGCCGAACGUUCGACGCCCGGCUGGUGAAGAAGAUCUGGGUCCCUGAUGUCUUCUUUGUCCAUUCAAAGCGCUCAUUCAUUCACGACACCACCAUGGAGAACAUCAUGCUGAGGGUUUACCCAGACGGCAACAUUCUUUAUAGCGUCAGGAUAACAGUGACGGCUCAGUGCUCCAUGGACUUCAGCAGUUUUCCUCUGGACACUCAGAACUGUUCUCUGGAGCUGGAGAGCUAUGCUUAUAAUGAAAAUGACCUCAUGCUGUACUGGAAGAGUGGAAACGACUCUCUAAGAACCGAUGAGAUUGUUCUCUCUCAGUUCUUUAUAGAAGAGUUUAACCCUUCCAGUGGCCUGGCAUUCUACAGCAGUACCGGUUGGUACAAUAGACUCUAUAUCAACUUCAUUCUCAGGAGACACAUUUUCUUCUUCAUGCUACAGACCUACUUUCCAACAAUGUUAAUGGUUGUGCUCUCCUGGGUGUCCUUUUGGAUUGACAGACGGGCCGUUCCUGCUCGUGUCUCACUCGGAAUCACCACUGUCUUGACCAUGUCGACCAUCAUCACCGGCGUGUCAGCGUCCAUGCCCCAGGUAUCCUAUGUAAAAGCGGUGGAUAUCUAUCUGUGGGCCAGCUUCCUGUUUGUCUUCCUGUCAGUCAUCGAGUAUGCUGCUGUCAACUACUUCACCACUGUCGAGGAGAUGAAGAAAAUGAAGAAGGGAAAGCUCUCCAGACUCGAUGCUUCCCAGGCCAUGGCCUUCGACGGCUGUUUCCAUGACAAUGACAUCGAUCUCAACACCUUCCCUCAGUUGACAGACCUCGGCGUGGAACCUCCUGUGUCCUCACAGAAUUCCAGCAUACCCGAGGCUCCUCCUGCACUGGGCACACGUCUGCGGAAAACACAGCCUCUGAAACACCACCUCCAGCUGCUCAUGAGCAACAGCUACAUGAUUGACUCGUACUCCAGGAUCCUGUUUCCUCUCGCCUACCUCACCUUUAACAUCAUCUACUGGAGCGUCUAUACCUGA